CGUCAGAACUAAGUGCAUUGAAUAUUUUGACGGCCACUGCCAAUUUCCCUCCAAAGACGAGGCUCUCUAAACACGACCUCUUCAAAAAAGAGAACCGCUGUUUAUCCCCUUUCGAGAUUCUUUGCACCCCACGACUGCCCUCGGCUUGCAAAUCCACCACGGCGCACGCUCCGCCAUCCAGGACAAUCCCGGAUCUCAGGCCCCGCCUCCUCGCGGAGCACUGUGCACGGGCCCUCCUCCGUUCUCGCGAGACCUGGGAGGCGAAAAAUGGCGCCGACGUGAGCGCGAGCUUGCGGCCACCGAAGGAGUCACCGCAGCCUUAGCUGGAGCUGCCGGAGCCGCGGGAACAAGAAGCCGAACCAGGCCGAGGAUGGUGAGCGCGGCGCCGGGGACGCGGACGCGGCGAACCAGCGGGGACUGGCGGGGAGCGGCCCUGUAGGGCACAUAGCCUCCGGCCGACCCCGCCCCCACAUCCGGGCACUCGCCCGCCGCUGGCUGUCACUCGGGGAGCACCCUACCCCCUACUUCUGGGCCUGGUUUCGACUGGGCUACGCCCACAGGGCUCGAGCACCGCCCCAGAUCUUCAUACGGCCGGGGCCCCAGCACUUCCAGUUCGCCUGCACAGCUCGAGCCCAGCUGGUAGAUAUAUCUCCGUCCUCGAACAACCCACUCGGCCACUUUUGACCCCUCCAGCAUCUUCCUAUCCGCGCCCGGUUCAGAGCCCCGCCUUUGCCCCGGCCACUCCCUAUGGGCCACGCCCCUGCCUUGUAGGGGACCUCCCACCUUUCCAAGUUAGGGUCAAAGGCAUGCUUCUUUUAUAUAGAUGAUUCUUAAAAAGGUACCCCCUUCUACAUUUGGAACACCUCCAAGCUCCCUCCCAGAGGAUGGGGACACAGGAGGCAGGAGCUCUAUCCACCCUCACCCCCUGCCACUCCUUAGGAUGGGGGCUGACUGGGUGACGUCUCCGGGGCAUUUGCUGCUUCAGGAUGCCCAGUGGUCUUGGCGGGGUGGAGUUCCCCUGGCUGGCCCAGGCAGACCCUGGGCCCAGAGGGGUUCUCCCCACCUCUUCCUUCCACCAGGAGGAGGAAACCUCGGGUCCCAGCCCGGACAUGCCGGGCACUGCAGAGCCCAGCUCCAGUGAGACCGACAAGGAGGUGUCCCCAGUUGUGGCUGCUGUAGCCACUUCCUCUUCCAUGGGGGAGGAGCCAGGCUCUGACCAGGCAGCCACACCCCCAGUGUGGGAACGUGGAGGGCUUGGAGGGACCCAGCAGGGUGCCUCCCCAGCCCCAGACAGUGGCCAUGCUGGCCCUGGACCCGGCCUUGGCCUGACCAGCACUGUCUCCGGAACCAGUGAGGACCUGCGGCCUCCCAGACGACGCCCACCACCAGGGAAGCAGAUACCCUGCUCCAGCCCUGGCUGCUGCCUCAGUUUCCCCAGCGUUCGAGACCUGGCACAGCAUCUGCGUACCCACUGCCCACCCACACAGUCCCUGGAAGGCAAGCUCUUCCGCUGUUCCGCCCUGAGCUGCACCGAGACUUUCCCCAACAUGCAGGAACUGGUGGCACACGGCAAGCUGCACUACAAACCCAAUCGCUACUUCAAGUGUGAGAACUGCCUCCUGCGCUUCCGCACGCACCGCUCCCUCUUCAAGCACCUGCAUGUUUGCGCCGAGCAUGCGCAGAGCCCAGCCCCGCCGCCACCCCCUGCCCUCGACAAGGAGCCACCAGCGCCCGAGCGCCCCCCGGAGUCCGACCCUGCGUUGGCGCCUGGGCUACAGUUCCCGCUGCUCGAGCCGUUCACGACCCCUGCCCCUGCCCCCACCGGGCCCUUCCUGCCGUACUUGAACCCCGCGCCUUUUGGCCUAAGCCCACCACGCCCGCGCCCCUUUCUGGCCGCCGCUCCCGGGCCGCCCGCCUCCAGCGCCGCAGUCUGGAAAAAGAGCCAAGGUGCCGGCGGCAGCCCGCGAAGACCCCAGGGCGGCUCCGAUACGCCCUCAGGGCACGCGGCCCCGAGCCGCAUCGUGUGGGAGCACACGCGCGGCCGCUACUCGUGCAUGCAGUGCGCCUUCUCCACGGCCUCGCGGCCCGCCAUGACCCUACACCUGGAGGACCACCGCCCCAUCGCCCCUGCGGCCCCGGCGCCCGGGCAGCCGCGCCCUGACGCGCCGGCGGACCCGGCCCCGCUGGCACCCAAGGUGUCGCCGCUGCUGUCAGAGGGGGAGUGUCCGGUUUUCUCGCCGCUCUGAACCAUGCCGCGUUGCGGGUGGGCUGUGGGUAGUUUUGUAAUUUUAGGGGGGCCUGCGAUGGGCGGGGUGGCGGGACAAUAAAGGAGGCAGAUGAGCCAGCC